UAAACUAGGGUUUCAGAAGAAAAAGUAUCGAAGGUGAAGGCAAAUUGGGGAUAAUGGCGAAAUUUAACGAGGUGCAGAAGAAGAGAAGAGCAAUAAUCUCAGAGAGCAAGAGAGCAAAACAUGGAGACCCAAAUACCCGUAAGCUUAAGCAGAAGGCUCAACCUCUUGCCAUCUCCGGGAAGCGUAAACGCAAGCUCUUCAAGAAAUGGCGCAGGGACCAAAAAGAGGCUAUAGAAAAGGGCGUGAUAACAAUGGAGGAUGUGGAGAUGGCUGUGGCUGAUGCUGCUGAAGGGAAAACUCAAGACUCCAAUAAAGCUCCUGUUAAAUUUCCGAUGAAAAAGAGCUCAAAACUUAAAAUGAAGCAACUGAAGAAGAAAGGAAAGAGCAAAAGGAAAUCUGAUAAGCGAGCUACAGCAUCUUCCACAGAUGCAAUGGUGGAGUAAGAAUAACAAAAGGUACAUUAGAAUCAUUUGGUUGACUGCUUGAUGGACAAUGUCUAUCUUUCUUCUUCUGUCCCAGCGUCCUUGAAAGUUAACAAUGGCUUGUAAUCUACUUUUGUAUUGUCUCGCUACUAAAAAGGAGAGGUGGGUUCUUGUAGUUUCUUUUUGUUAGUGGUUAUAUGUUAUGUAUCAUGCAAUUUUGUGGAUAGGAUUAAUUUUCUCGAUUAUAGAUGUUCUGAAACAAGAGCCCGAUAACUCGUGAAGAACAAGUUUGAAUUAGUUAUAAAAGUUAGGUUU